CUAUGCUAUACGGGAGUGACACUUCGUCAAGUACCCCUUCAUCUCGUAAGUCAUCGCGCACAUUCUAUACGAGAUUGUCACUCACUUGGACCGAAGCCACACCUGCUGGACCUAGGCCUGAAUCGCAUCGCCUCACGCCUCUGGUCCUACAGAACAACGAAGGAGAAGCGCACUCCCCCCCUCACACCCCUGCUCAUCUCGUCGGUCAAACACUCCUUUAUGCGGAUGGAAGCGACCCAGGCGUACUUGCCGGCUCCUCUAUUCCGCGCGGACCUCAAGAUCGUCAGCGUAGAGGACACAAAAAAAGACACCAUACGUUCGCGCGGAAGAAGGAAGUCAGAGAGGAGAGUACACGGCGUGCACACGAGGCAGAGGCGCGUGCGAAGGAAGCUGCGUUCGAAGCUGCGCUCGACAUUGUUGAAGAGAGUGGCGCCUCGUUUGGUGAACUGCUGCUGUACGUGCUCGACCCCAAAGGGAACACGACGCGUGGAUGGCGGUGGCACAACCUGUUCAAGCAUCGGUCGACGGUCCAUCAAGCGCUUGAAUGGAUGGCGCUUACCAAAAAGAACUCACCUACGGCGCGCUCGACGGCGGUAGACGGCAUGCUGAAUGUCAUCCAACGUUUGCUUGGAGACGAAGCGAGGGCAAUCACGAAGAGCGGCUCUCUGCGGCCACCCUCAAAGGUUGAUCAGGACUUUGUACUUGGCUACAAGUUUGCAGACUUACCAAAACGGAUUCAAGAGCGCUGCCCACUCAUCCUUAGGAUCCUUACGAGCAUCACAACAACGGCUCGUCAAGUAAAGGAUUGCACACCUGCGAAGCUUGCGCACAAGCGAUUCGUCACUGCAGCAUACGCAACUCUCUUGCUGGGCGAGCACAGCCGUGCGAACUCGUACUUCCGGCACGUCUUCGGCCUCUAUCUCUUCGCCUCGGGCGCAACUCGUCAGCUCAUCACGGUUCUCAAUCAUCUGGGUGUUAGCGUCAGCUAUGUCACUCUGGCAGGUCGCGGUGGCAAGUCUCUCGCAUGGGAUGAUAUAGCAUCACCAGAGGGAGAGACCGAUCAACCUGUGGCUGUGAAGCGCAAGACAUGCCACGCCAGGUUGGGAACCUUGGAGAAGCUUUCGUUGUCGAUGCGCGAGCUCACGAGGGAGCUUGUAGCUGCCCAUGCCUUCUUGGUAGCCUACGACAACAUUAACAUGAGCUGGAAGGUUGCUGAGCAGAUCAUCGGACGUACAGAUUCUGUAGAAAGCGGGACGUGCGCGACCGUCGUGCCACUACAUGGUGGUGAGAAGCCAUCAGACAUGAGGACGGAAGACCUGGAUCGCGCGUUCGACAAGGCCUUGCCGCUCUCCAUCGAUGACAUACGACUCACCGAAGAGGAGGUGCGGCAGCUUGACAACUUCCUGGUGCAUACCGUCUUGCGCCUUGCUGUACGCUACGGUGGUCCUGGUAUGGAGAAAUUCCGUCAGCGCGUUCUAGACACACAGCCGCUCUCAUCUCACAUCAUUCCCAUCCAUACUUCCGAGGUCCAUCCCUUGCCGACCUAUCCCAUCGACGAGUCUUCGAAGAAGGGGAACGCAGACUUCAUCAAUGCAGCAAUGACCGAGCUCAAGUACAAUGAACGCGCAGAUGUCGCGUGCUUGGUGGCAGGCGAUCAAUUAUCCAUGGCUCGUCUUCGAGAAGUCGCCGCUGCCCGUGCCGGUCAUGAAGGGGGACCUAAUGCCCUACGCUGGCCGGUCUUUGUUCCUGGGUUCUUCCAUUACCAGAUGGCGGCGGUAAAUGCACUUAUAUAUGCGCACCUGGGAUCGGUCAACCACGACGUCUCGAACCCCGCCUCGCUUCAAGCUCACAACACACUGCUGCGACGCAAGCCAAUUGUGGCGACCUCCCUUCCUCCCUAUCACGUUCUCAAAGGCCUGGCAUUCGACUCGCUUGGUGCUCGCAUCCUCGACUGCCUCCUGCGCGUAUCGGGGAAGGCCUCGCUCGACGCGCUCUGUGAUGGCCUUACCUGGCAGGACUUGAAGGAGCUCGCUCGCCAGGUCAUUCGGCAGUUCACAGACACACGUGCUGUUGACAAGCUCCGUCGCGCACGAUUGAAGUAUGGGAAAGACCACGGCGACAUGGUCUAUGAGAACGCGAUCCUCUUCAUUCGAGAUGCGCUUCUCCUGCGAGAAUUCAACGAUGCAAUCAAGGCUGGAGACUCGGGGCGCAUCAUCCUCGUUCUUAAGAAGUGGGCCUUCAGUUUCCGCGCUCAAGGGCGCUCACGGUACGCCACAGAGGUGUUGUACCUCAUCCACAACCUAACACACGUCUGGCCACCGGCGAUUCGUAAUGCAGUACUCGAUAAUUGGCUCGUCAACCCCAGUGGCAAGCCGAACGCGAAUCACCCAGUGGAUCUAUUACAGGAACAUAAUAACUUGCUGAUCAAGGCUUUCUAUCAAGCGCACGGCAGUAACGCGUCUUGGGAAUGGACUGGCGCCGUUAGCCCGUGCGUAACGAUUUUGCGCCAACUCAACAACGAUGUCAAUCGGACACUGGGCGCUCGUCAAGGGAAAAAGCACGCGAUCCCCGACUUGACGGAGGACAUCAACGAGCUGAUGAGAAGUCUUGCCCACCAUCAAGUUCAUGAGGUGCAGCUCGGACGAAUGCUAGACGAGGACGAUGCGAUGGGUGCUGUACCAGAUGCUGUGGCAAUCGGGCAUACCCAGCUCACGCACGGCGCCACAUCCCCUCUGAAGAAGUACAACGAAGCUUUCUUGGCUCUUCAAAAGCGUCGACGUGUCCCGCCCCUGGUGCCGCGCCAGCAAUCGGCGCUUUCGCCGCCUCAGGCAGCCUUCGGUCAGCCCAAUGCUGGCACUCCUGGUCAGUCGUCUCUUCACGCUUCUCAACUAGGAAGGUGA